GUCCAUGCAGCAAAACGGAAGCAGCGAAGUGACGUUUCGAUGUAGGCGAAUUAUCCGCAGACAGCGCUGCACGACGAUUUCCGCUUUCUUUUACUUUGUGUAUGGUGUCAGAGUAAGACGGUAUCAAGAUGCAGAUCUUCGUCAAAACCCUCACGGGUAAGACCAUUACUCUUGAGGUCGAACCUUCGGAUACGAUCGAGAAUGUGAAGGCGAAGAUUCAAGAUAAGGAGGGCAUCCCGCCGGACCAGCAGCGUCUUAUCUUCGCCGGCAAGCAGCUGGAGGACGGACGCACCCUGUCCGACUAUAACAUCCAGAAGGAAUCGACCCUUCAUCUGGUGCUUCGGCUGCGCGGUGGCGCCAAGAAGCGCAAGAAGAAGAAUUAUUCCACCCCGAAGAAGAUCAAGCACAAGAGGAAGAAGGUCAAACUCGCUGUCCUCAAGUACUACAAGGUUGACGAGAAUGGAAAGAUCCACCGUCUACGUCGCGAGUGCACCAGCGAAUCGUGCGGUGCAGGCGUGUUCAUGGCUGCCCACGAAGAUCGUCACUACUGCGGCAAAUGCCACCUGACGCUUGUCUACUCGAAGCAGGAGGAUAAGUAAA